AUGAAAUUAAUAAACUAUAUUAUAUUAAUUUUAAUAAUCUAUAUUCAUUUUGUAAGCUCUUUUAGAUUAAGAAAAUAUGGAGGUAAUUGUGAAAAUAUUAAUGAUGAACAAACUUGUACAAAACUAUAUCCGAAAUGUCAAUAUAUGCCAUUUAUAAGCUGUUGUGGUAAUACAGUUCAUUUUUGUGUCAACAGAAACAUUGGAAAUUGUGAAAAUAUAAACUCUUGUGGUAGAAAUGAAGUCACUGGCGAAGUAAUCGAAUUCUGGAGUGUUUGCAAACCCUCGAGAAACUUUACCUAUUUCGAACCACCAAGAGAUACCUGUGGUACACUCCAAUGUGAGGCGAAAGGAAUGGUUUGUCAAUGGGGACCAUCACCUGGAAAUUGUCAUGGUACAUCGUGUUGUCCUAAUGUACCAAGAUGUGUGGGUAAGUGA